GCAUACAAUCGCGCUUCAUAUGGAAGACCGAAAAGGAAGUUUGAAAAGAUCUUUUAUACAAUUUGUACUAAUUGCAUUUGUGUUUAUUUGAAGUAGCAAAACCGAAGCCAAUGACAACGAAACGUCAGUUUUUUAUAUAGUGACAGACAGGUUAUACGACAGACAUAAUUCAGACUAUUACAUUCUCCGAGUUAAUUACAUUGGAUUUAUAAAUGCUUAGGUUCGUCUCUUAAUCGAGAGGCAAUAUAGUAAACGAUGGAAAAAGUAAAAAGUACUGUAACUGUAAUGUGUUCUUUUCAUAAUGAUGCUGUUGCUAAAGCUGUUUCCCUUGGCGACAAAACACUUCUUUGCUUUUCAUGCGCAUUAGAUCAAACCAAAACAGGCGACAAAACUAUCAAAGAAAUUGACAAGAUAUGUGAUGGGAAUGAAAAUGUCUUACUUGAAUAUCUACAGAUAAAACAAACUGCUUCUAGAAAAGAGAACCUAAUUAAAGAAUACGAAAGAAAACUGGAGGAAGUGCAAGGAAAUUUGAAGCAGGAAGUAAAGAUAAUGUAUGAGACACUGUCAGAAAAGAUUGGUAAAAUGACAGAAAAUACCGUUGCUUUAAUAGAAUCCAAAACAGAAGGACUUUUAAAUGAUUUCGAUAGUGACAAGAAAAUAUUGAAUAGAUUACAAAAGGCAAUUAACAAAAACAUUGAAAAGGUAUUGGAUGCUAGAGAUGGUGAUGUGGACCACUGUAAGUCGGAACUGCUUGAAAUUAAGAAAGAGAUUGAUGGCAAGAUUGCUGAUCGUGAUUCGAAUCCUGAAGGUGUAUUUAUAUCAAACAAAAUUUUCGAACAAAUAAUCAGUCCUACGGAACACUUUUUAGGGGAAGUUGAUAUAUACAACACUGAUCAUUAUGCACAGCUCGAGCAAGAUGUGACACAUUCUAAUGAACUGAACAAGGAACAAAACCACACAACAAGCUCUAUAGGUGUAACAACAACACUUCAAGACUUCGCCAGAAAAAUACCACCCAAAGUACCUCCAAAGCCAAAAACUGCUCCAUGUCAAGAAAUACAUGACAAACCAAAACCAGUUCCUCGUUCGAGAAAAUCAGCAUCAGGAUCAAAACCUGAUGGCACCAGUGAUGGUGAAAAUAUUCAGCAGUCGUUUAGAGAAUCAAAAGAAUUUCCAGAAGAGUCCAGUGAGAAGGUUACAAAUAUUGCGGAAGAGCACAAAAGUCCAGAAAAAGUUGAAACAAAACAUGAAAAAGCAAGAAAAACAAAGAUUUUUACGUUUGACAAAAAAGACAAAAAGAAGGUCGUACCGAAAUUAGAAAAUUAUGAAGAUGUGGACUUAGCCCCAAACAAACAUACACAAGCCAAAGAUCUCAUCAAUAAAUCCGUAUCACUCACAGGGCUACAGUUUACUUCCUCGUCUAAAUUCUCAAAACUUGUCACCAUUGGUCAGGAUCAAAUUGGGCUUUUAACUACCAAACAUUCCACUGUCGUUGUUGCACAGAUUGACGGACGUGCUCAUAGAAAAACGUACCCCGAUGGAGUCAUAAGCAUUGCAGCUAUGGAAAAUAAUCAACUUGCUAUACUCGUCCAAGAAAAAGGGACAAAGAUUGAGACUGUUCAUUUAUCCGGCGGAGACUUUGAGACCAAAAACACUAUCUAUCUAUCGAUAGAGAUAUCUGAUGUCACAGGGUUUGAUUAUUCGAAAACCAAAUCACUGUUUGCAAUAGGUACAAGAACACAACAAGUGAUUAUUGAUGGAAAGAGAAAGAAGAUCAAAUCAACGGACAUCAGCAAUAUAACAGGCUCGUCGAAAAUUGCCACAACAUAUGAUUUCGAAAAGGAACGUAUCUAUGUUCUGAACAUGGAACACAGAUCUGUAAAAUGUGUGUGUCUUAAAAACGUGAAGCACCUUUGGAAUGGCAGAUAUGAUCAGUUGAUAAAACCGAAAGCUUUAUGUUUGUAUAAAGACAAACUUUGCGUAGCUUCCUCUGGAACAGUAACGAUAUUUUCGGCUAAAGAUGGCACGCCGAUAAGAAAGCACGGAAGCGUUGGCCUUGUUCAGGAUUGUCUAGGAAUAUGUGUGAUCGAUGAUGUUAUCGUGAUUUCUUCCAAUUCGGACAAUUUUGAAGAGUCCCGAAAACUUGGAUUCAUACAUUUUUAAAUGAAAAUUACGGAUUUUUUUCUAUUUCUUUAUGACAUCAAGCAAACUGUGCAUUCUAAUUAUGUACAGGUUUAAAUCUAACAUAGUGAAUUUUGAUUUUUGUUAAAAAAGAAUAACAAAAUAAGAGAUCACUGAUAAGAAAGAUAAUUGAUAAUGGAGGUGAUCGUUUGACGAAAAAACUAAAGGGCGUGUUAGAAAAAUAUGUAUUAAAUACUAUGGUUGCUUACGCUCUUUAACCAAUACGAAUUUAUUUUCUUUUGUUCUUGUAAGUUUUGAAUUCAUUCAGAAUUUUCUUCCGCUAAAGGAUUUCAUACGUGUGUUUGCUUUGGGUGUUACUUUCGUGCAUCUUUUGUUAUAACCUGGAUUAAUCAAAUGAAGUCCAUUGCAACUUUGAAAUGUGAUGCAAAUGCUUUUUCUGCACGAGAUUAAUGUAUCUUGAUUAGGAGCUUAACAUUAGUAUAGGUUUAAAAUAGGUACUUUUGAAAAGAAUAUAGUGUUAUGUCUACGUUUAGAUUUGAAUGAAAUAUCAUUCUUUUUUUCAUGGAAAUGUGGUGAAAUAAACUUUAAGAAUGGAUUUAAACAUAUGUACUAGUAUAUAGAAAAGGAAUUAUUCUGUGUAUGUUACGCAGUCUUAAUUACAGGCUUGAAGACAAAUUCAUUUUGACUGUUUCACAGUUUCGCGACCUUAGAUAUAAUACAUCAUGUUUAACACAAUGAACAAAUCCAAAGAAAAGAGAAACACUUAUUCUUGUAAAAAUACCUGGAAUCGGAUUUGUGUCAACGGAGGAAAAUCAUGUAUAGACAUGGUAAUUAACGUUAUCUUAAUACAUUUUCUUUUAAUUUUCAAGUGCUGUGCCAGGGCCGAAACGCUUUUUUGCGCAAAUGAACAUCUUGUAUAUACGUCAGUUUUUUCAAUAACAUUCUGUCAUAUAUAUAAUACAUACAUGAAUAUUACAAUCUUAGGCAUAUUAUGUUAUGUUACAUUAACCACGAGCCUCAACGCACUGUCAUUACAUUUUCAGUGUCGCCGCUCGAUUACUGUAAGAAAAAGAAAUAUCGGGGUUUCCCCGAUAACCAUGAAUAUAUUGAGUCACACGACAAUUUUUACGAUUGUGAGUUUCAAGAAUCGUAUCAACGAUGCUGUGAAUUAUUAACAAGUAUAUUUUAAUUUCUAUCUAAACGCAUAUAAGUACUCAAAAGUAUUCGUACAUUUUUUUUUGUGAAAUUGUGUCCCUGCUUUCUGUAUUUUAAACGAUACGCAAAAAUAUCGUUAAUUUGAUGUUUGCAAUAAAGAGAAUUAAAAAUUAUUGAUUGAAAACAUUGAAGAAAUGGUUUUGGUUAGUAUCGUUGAUUUGUGAGCUCCAUAGAUAUUAAAAAAAACAAGAAUGAAUACCAAAGAGUUAAAGAAAACACACGAACACGAUGACGUUUCCAAGAAAAAAAUUGCACUGGAAUAAUACAGGUUUAAUCAUAUAUUUAAUCUUUGUGAGAUAAUUUUAUGCAUGGAUAGCACCAUUACACGUUUGUUACACAAACAAUGAGUUGGGAUUCUUCAGGCGUUGAUGCACAGAAAAAAUAAAACAUAAAAAAUAAAACAGUUUUCACAGUAAUGUGCAUUAUGUUUUGUCACUCUUGGAGUUACAUCUAGUGUUAAACCUUUUAAUCUUUUAUUAAGAAUGAUAAAUAUUCCAAGAAAUAAACAGAUAAUUAAGGAUUAUAUUGGUAUUGAUAGAUAUUCUGUUUUCAUGUUUUGAACUUGAGUUCCUGUUAACCCUUGUAUUCUUAAGUGGUCACGAUUACGUGCGGUUGUGCAUAUGUGUUGUUUUGUUUCAACAAAAACUUUUAAUUUGUAAAUUGUAACACUUUUGAAACUGUUUUACCUGAUUGUAUUUGAAAAUUCUUUUAUCUAAAUCUCUCAGUGUACCGUUACAUGUAAUCAGAUAUAAGAAAAUUAAACAUCUCUCCACU